CGGAUUUAUAAGAUUUCCGGCAUUAUUAUUCUGAUCUCUUUCAGAUUGAUAUAAAUCUCUAGAAAACAGGGGCAUUGGUUUUAUCCCCAUCUCAUUGUCGACAUAAUCUUUGCCAAUGGCUGAACAAAAGGCGCUUUUUCUCGAGACCCCCAAGGGCGAGUUCCGCGUUAGACAAACAUCUAUCCCGGAGCCCGGACCUGGAGAACUUUUGGUGAAGAUCCAUGCGACCGCUCUGAACCCUGCAGACUGGAAAAGGCAUGAAUUCAAUGUCUUCGUGCCUACUUAUCCUGCUAUCUUCGGCAUAGAUGCUGCAGGAACCGUGGAGGCUCUGGGUGAAGGUGUGCAAAGAUUUGAGAGGGGUGACAGAGUCGCCUACGAAGGAAACUUUUUCUCUUAUGACAAGGCUACAUUCCAGCAGUAUGCCACGGUGCCAGCUAUAAUUGCAGCGAAGCUGCCCGACAAUGUCUCUUUCGACGAGGCUGCGUCAAUCCCUCUCGGUAUAGCGACUGCGGCUGUAGGCCUUUACGCCGACCGACCAGCCGGGGUUCAGAAAUACACACCUUCUUGGGAGGAAGAUGGUGAAGGUUUGUAUCGUGGAAAGCCUAUUGUCGUUGUCGGAGGAUCGUCUUCUGUCGGACAAUAUGUAAUACAGCUUGCGAAGCUGUCUGGUUUUUCACCUAUCAUCGCGACAGCCUCAUUGCACAACUCCGAGUUCCUUGAAUCGCUCGGGGCAAAUCACGUAAUUGAUCGCAAAGCGGAUGUUCCAACCAAAGUUAAAGAGAUUCUCGGUGACACCCCAGUCGAGUUGGUAUACGAUGCCAUAUCCGAGAAAAAUACUCAGCAACAGGCCUGGGACGUUCUUGCUCCUGGCGGGACACUGGUUUUAGUUUCACGUGAGGCAUUUGUCGACAAGAACAAGGGAAAGACAGUUAUCGAUACCGUCUUCGCUGAUCUCCACUCACCGGAGUUGCGACAGCUGGGUGCCAGUUUGCAAAGCAAGUUGACGCACCUACUUGAGAAUGGGACGAUAAAGCCGAACCGUAUUGAGGUGCUUCCAAAUGGUUUGGCUGGAAUCCCGGAUGGGCUGAAUCGGCUGAAGGAGAACAAAGUGAGCGGGGUGAAGCUUGUCGCCCGUCCAUUUGAGACUGCGUAGGUACAGUGAAGGUAAAAUAAUAUAUUAGUAGGGGCAUUAAUAUCAUGUUAUUACGGAAAAGUGUGGUCAGACAUGUAUUUAUGGAAACGUGCCUUAUCAUGGUAUGAACAAACAC